CGUCAGCGCUGCCAGCGUGGAGACGGAGAGCAGGAAGAGCUAGCGAGGCGGAAGUACGAUCAGGAAUUCUACCGGAGACCGGAGCGGGCGGAGGGCGAGAGAGGCAGCUGUCAUAGGAGAGAGGUGUAUCCCAGGAAGCAGCAUGCAGAGACCUUUCACUCAGGUGGUUGACCCGACCUUGGCGGAAAUGGGGAAGAAUCUUAAUGAAGCCAUGCAAAUGUUGGAGGGUAACCAGAGGUCAGAGGAGGAAGAGAGAGAUGGCAAGAAAUAUUCAAGGAAAGAUAUACCUGGACCUCUGCAAGGCGGCGGUCAGGAUAUGGUUAGCAUUCUCCAGCUGAUUCAGAAUCUCAUGCAUGAAGAUGAAGAGGAAGAAUCGCAGUCUUACAGAAGAAUUCAGAACGUUGGUGAACAGGGCCACAUGGCACUCCUCGGGCAUAGCCUAGCGGCUUAUAUCUCUGUGCUGGGCAGAGAGCGACUCAGAAAGCUGACCACCAGAAUUCUGUCUGAUACAACCCUAUGGCUCUGUAGACUGUUCAGAUAUGAAAAUGGCUCUGCAUAUUAUCAUGAGGAUGAUCGAGAGGGUCUUCUGAAAGUCUGCAGGCUUGUUAUACAUUCUCGCUAUGACGAUUACACUACAGAAGGAUUCAACGCUUUAUAUAACAAUCAACCUGUCAUUUACAUUAGUGCUGCUUCUAGGCCAGGCCUGGGCCAGUCACUCUGUAAUCAGCUCGGGCUUCCUCUCUCCUGUCUGUGCCGUGUGCCUUGUAACACCAUGUUUGGGUCCCAGCAUCAAAUGGAUGUUGCUUUGUUAGACCGACUUCUUAAAGAUGACCUCCAGUCAGGAAAAUGCCCUCUUCUUCUGGUGGCUAAUGCUGGAACACCGGGCGCCGGGCACACAGAUAAGCUGGGAAGACUGAAAGAACUUUGUGACCAGUACAAUGUGUGGCUACACGUGGAAGGAGUAAAUCUGGCAACUCUGGCUUUAGGUUACGUCAGUUCUGCUGUAUUGGCUGCCACUAAAUGCGACAGCAUGACUUUGACCCUGGGUCCUUGGUUAGGACUCCCGGCGGUACCUGCGGUAACUUUAUACCGGCACGAGGAUCCAUCGCUGUCUCUGGCUGCAGGCCUGACAUGUAGCCAGCCCGUAGAGAAGCUCCGAGCCCUGCCUCUGUGGUUAUCCCUGCAGUACCUCGGUCAUAAUGGGAUCGUUGAGCGGAUAAAUCACGCGUCUCAGCUGAGUCAGAAGCUGUUUGAUAAUUUAAAGGAUUUGAGCUAUAUUAAGACAUCGGUUGAAAAUGAUGGUAGCUCUUCUGUGAUUGUCUUUAAAUUCAACUAUGAAGGCUCAAAAUCAGAUUCAACGUUGAAUUUGAGCACUAUUGAAAGAGAAUCGGAUUCUAUGAACCAGUGGUUAGGAGACCAGCUAGCUGUGCUUGUUCCAUCUUGCGGUGUGGACAUUGUGGAACUUGAAGAUGAAGGCACUUGUGUGAGAUUUAAUCCACUAAUGACAUCAUCUGUUCUAGGCACCACAGGCGAGGACAUAGAUCACUUGAUUGAAUGCAUAAAGGAGAAGAUCCCAGUUGUUCUGAACACGUUACAACUGAAAGAAGAAUUCAGACAAGAGGUUGAAAGGAUAGCAGGACUCUCCUAUAUUCUUGACUACAGCUGGCCAGGUCUCGGCAUUGUAAGGUACGAUCAUAACAGUGAAGAAAUGGAUGAUGCUAAGCGUGAAGCAGAACAAGAGAAGAUUAAUGCUACUCUCUUGAAGAAGCUAAACGAACUGGAAUCUGAUCUCUCCUUUUCUUCCGGACCCGAGUUUGGGGCGGAAAAGAACUGUAUAUAUGUUGGAAUGGUGUCGGAGGACGUAGAUGUUUCAGAGCUGGCAGAAACCAUAGCAGCAUUGGGCAGAGACAUUGAAGAAAACUCCAAGCUGCUGGAGAACAUGACCGAAGUUGUUAGGAAAGGUAUUCUGGAAGCAGAGGAGCAGCUGCAGAAGGCUAAUGAAGAAAGACUUCUGGAAGAGGGUGUUCUACGACAGAUCCCAUUAGUUGGGUCUGUACUCAACUGGCUCUCUCCAGUUCAAGCCACACCGAAGGGCAGAACAUUCAACUUAACAGCAGCAUCACUUGAAUCAACAGAACCAACUUAUCUCUUUAAAGCACAGACGACUGGAACAACACCGCCUGCAACUCCCACCUCUGGACACGCUAGACUGCCAGGUCAAAAGUUGUUUAAAAGACUGUCCAGAAACUCCGAUGCUAUGAGCGAGACCAGCUCAAUAAGUCAUUUGGAGGAAGUGGAGAACAUGGAUGCUCUCUCUGCUCCGGACGUGCAGCAGCCAUCAAUCCAUCCCGCCGUAGAAGCCAUGUCCGUGAAGCCAGGGACCCCGGACAGUGAAACCCCCAGUGAGGAAUCGCAAGAGCCAGAGGUCCUUAAUCUUAAAACAGAAGAGUCAGAAAGUGUAAGAUAAAAUGAGCCUUUCCUGACAUGAACUCUCGUGGUAUAUGGGGGUAACUGAUUGAAAAAUGUGAACAGUGCCACACAAUCCUACAGUAGAAAGUACUGUAACUAAAUUAUUAACAUAUCUGCACAAAUAUACAUUAAUCAGAGGCUUUUCUUGUCAUGUGUAAUGAGUUUGGGAAUAUUGUUCUUACAAAUUUAUGGGAUUUGUUUCCAUCUUCAGCAA